AUGAGGGGCCAGGCCACCGCCCCGGGCGCCCUGUGGAUCCUCGCACUGCUGCUGCUCCUGCUGCUACUGGGGCGCCGUGCGCGCGCGGCCACGGGGCUGGACACGGGGCCUGCGCCCGAGCCGUGCGCCACGCUGGUGCAGGGCAAGUUCUUCGGGUACUUCUCGGCGGCCUCCGUGUUCCCGACCAACGCCUCGCGCUGCUCCUGGACGCUGCGCAAUCCAGACCCACGGCGCUACACGCUCUACAUGAAGGUGGCCAAGGCACCCGAACCCUGUGACGGCCCUGGCCGUGUCCACACCUACCAGUUCGACUCCUUCUUGGAGUCCACGCGCACCUACCUGGGCGUGGAGAGUUUCGACGAGGUGUUGCGCCUGUGUGACCCCUCGGCGCCCCUGGCCUUCCUGCAGGCCAGCAAGCAGUUCCUGCAGAUGCGACUCCAGCGGCCACCCCUGAACGAGGCGCCCAGCAGGCCCCCGGGCCCCAGCGACGGCUUCUCUGUGGAGUAUCUGGUGGUGGGCAACCGCAGCCCCAGCCACGCCGCCUGCCAGAUGCUGUGCCGCUGGCUGGACGCCUGUCUGGCUGGUAGUCGCAGCUCACAUCCCUGUGGCAUCAUGCAGACCCCCUGCGCCUGCCUGGGUGGGGACACUGGUCCCCCUGCCGCCGGCCCCCCGGCUCCCCGCGGGGACGUCUGCCUGCAGGACGGCGUGGCCAGUGGCCCCGAGAACUGCCUCACCAGCCUGACCCAGGACCGGGGUGGUGACGGCACUGCAGGUGGCUGGAAGCUGUGGUCCCUGUGGGGCGAAUGCACGCGGGACUGCGGGGGAGGCCUGCAGACGCGGACGCGCACUUGCCUGCCCACGCCGGGAGUCCGGGGCGGUGGCUGCGAGGGCGUGCUGGAGGAGGGCCGCCUGUGCAACCGCAAGGCCUGCGGCCCCGCGGGGCGCACCAGCUCGCGGAGCCAGUCCCUGCGGUCCACGGACGCUCGGCGUCGCGAGGAGCUGGGGGACGAGCUGCAGCAGUUUGGGUUCCCGUCGCCGCAGACAGGUGACCCCGCGGCCGAGGAGUGGUCGCCCUGGAGUGUGUGCUCCAGCACGUGCGGCGAGGGCUGGCAGACCCGCACGCGCUUCUGCGUCUCCUCCUCCUACAGCACCCAGUGCAGCGGGCCCCUGCGGGAGCAGCGCCAGUGCAACAACUCCGCCGUGUGUCCAGUGCACGGCGCCUGGGACGAGUGGUCCCCCUGGAGCCUCUGCUCCAGCACCUGUGGCCGCGGUUUUCGGGACCGCACGCGCACCUGCAGACCCCCCCAGUUUGGAGGCAACCCCUGUGAGGGUCCCGAGAAGCAAACCAAGUUCUGCAACAUCGCCCUCUGCCCUGGUAGGGCAGUCGACGGAAACUGGAACGAGUGGUCAAGCUGGAGCGCCUGCUCCACCAGCUGCUCCCAGGGCCGGCAGCAGCGCACGCGCGAGUGCAACGGGCCUUCGUACGGCGGCGCCGAGUGCCGGGGCCACUGGGUGGAGACGCGAGACUGCUUCCUGCAGCAGUGCCCAGUGGACGGGAAGUGGCAGGCCUGGGCGUCAUGGGGCAGCUGCAGCACCACGUGUGGGGGCGGCUCUCAGCGCCGGGAGCGCGCCUGCUUGGGGCCCUUCUUCGGGGGAGCAGCCUGCCAGGGCUCCCAGGAGGAGUACCGACAAUGCAGCGCCCAGCGGUGUCCCGAGCCCCACGAGAUCUGUGACGAGGACAACUUUGGUGCCGUGAUGUGGAAGGAGACACCAGCAGGGGAGGUGGCUGCUGUCCGGUGUCCCCGAAAUGCCACAGGCCUCAUUCUGCGACGCUGUGAGCUGGACGAGGAAGGCAUUGCCUACUGGGAGCCCCCCACCUACAUCCGCUGUGUCUCCAUCGACUACCGUAACAUCCAGAUGAUGACCCGGGAGCACCUGGCGAAGGCUCAGCGCGGGCUGCCGGGUGAGGGGGUCUCGGAGGUCAUCCAGACGCUGGUGGAGAUCUCCCAGGACGGGGCCAGCUACAGUGGGGACCUGCUGUCCACGAUCGACGUGCUAAGGAACAUGACGGAGAUCUUCCGGAGGGCCUACUACAGCCCCACCCCUGGCGACGUGCAGAACUUUGUCCAGAUCAUCAGCAACCUGCUGGUGGAGGAGAAUCGGGACAAGUGGGAGGAGGCCCAGCUGGUGGGCCCCAACGCCAAGGAACUGUUCCGGCUGGUGGAGGACUUUGUGGAUGUCAUCGGCUUCCGCAUGAAGGACCUCCGAGACGCGUACCAGGUGACAGACAACCUGGUCCUCAGCAUCCACAAGCUCCCGGCCAGCAGGGCUAUGGACAUCAGCUUCCCCAUGAAGGGCUGGCGGGCCACGGGCGACUGGGCCAAGGUGCCUGAGGACAGGGUUACUGUCUCCAAGAGCGUCUUUUCCACAGGGCUGGCAGAGGCUGAUGAUUCGUCCGUGUUCGUGGUGGGCACUGUGCUCUACCGUAACCUGGGCAGCUUCCUCGCCCUGCAGAGGAACACCACUGUCCUCAACUCCAAGGUCAUCUCAGUGACUGUGAAGCCCCCCCCACGCUCGCUGCUCACACCUUUGGAGAUCGAGUUCGCGCACAUGUACAACGGCACCACCAACCAGACCUGCAUCCUGUGGGAUGAGACAGACGUAACCUUCCGCCCUACCCAGCAGGACCCCCACCAGAAACACCUCACGCUGGUGAGCUCGCUCCCCAUACGGGGUGAGACGGGGCCCUCCACAGGGGGCGAGGGCCAGGACGGGGUGCUGGGGGCACUGAGCGUGCCCGCGUGUAGUGGAGAGUCACCCCUGUCUGCAGUGCCGGCCUGGGCCCGCGUGAGCCGAGGAUGGGGCUCUGCGGGAUCUUAUGGCCGGGUCAGCGGGCCCGAUGGGUGGGGCAUGACAGACAUUAGGGUUGGGGACAGGGUGCACGUGGAGCGUGCGGCUGGGCCCGUGACGAGGCGCCUGGGGCUGGCUGCACUGUGCUGUCCAGUCCUGCCCUGUGCCCUCCUGCUCCUCACCUGUACCUGCCGGACCUGCACUGUGGUGUCACACUUUGGCCUGCAGCUGUGUGUUGGGGGUCCCUGCGCGUGUGGGUCUCUGUGCCUGCAGGGCUAUAAAGGGGUGAGCUGCCUGGCCUCAGGGGCGACCAAGCAGAGGCAGAACGAGUGCGGAGCCAAAGGGCACAGACAUGACCAGACGCCACAGGUGGGUGGGAGAAUUGGAGUGGAGAGCAGAGGGAAGAGUGUCCGAGGCCCCGCAGUCUUGGGGCUGGCCUUGAAGGUUGGUGAGGAUUUGGACCUAGUGGAGCCGGGGGAGUACCCCCGAGAGGCUGGAGCGGAUGCCGGUGGCUGGAGUGUGAGGGCUGGGGGAGAGGCAGGCAGUUGGCCCUUUGGCUGGCAGGGGCAGGUGAAAGGCCAGGCUGACUUGGAUGAAGGUCUGGCAGUUUCUCCAUUGGAAAAACUGCAUGGCAAUGUGCUCUGGGGCUCGGUACUCCAGGCCCUGCUGGACCCCAGCUGCAGAGGGAUUGCCCAGAGCCGAGUGCCCGAGGACGCGGCGGCAUCCCCACACGUGGCACGCAUUGCCAGGGCUUACAAAAACAUGGAGAAGGCGGCCGUGCCAUCGGUGGCGCUCAUCGUGGGCUGCGGCGUGUCCUCGCUCACACUGCUCAUGCUUGUCAUCAUCUACGUCUCUGUGUGGAGGUACAUCCGCUCGGAGCGAUCUGUCAUCCUCAUCAACUUCUGCCUGUCCAUCAUCUCCUCCAACGCUCUCAUCCUCAUUGGGCAGACCCAGACCCGCAACAAGGUGGUGUGCACGCUGGUGGCCGCCUUCCUGCACUUCUUCUUCCUCUCCUCCUUCUGCUGGGUGCUCACGGAGGCCUGGCAGUCCUACAUGGCUGUGACGGGUCGUCUCCGGAACCGGCUUGUCCGCAAGCGAUUCCUGUGCCUGGGCUGGGGGCUCCCUGCGCUGGUCGUGGCCAUCUCUGUGGGGUUCACCAAAGCCAAAGGGUACAGCACCAUGAACUACUGCUGGCUCUCCCUGGAGGGGGGACUGCUGUAUGCCUUCGUGGGACCCGCAGCUGCCGUAGUGCUGGUGAACAUGGUCAUCGGGAUCCUGGUGUUCAACAGGCUCGUGUCCAAGGACGGCAUCACCGACAAGAAGCUGAAGGAGCGGGCAGGGGCCUCACUCUGGAGCUCCUGUGUGGUGCUGCCACUGCUGGCGCUGACCUGGAUGUCAGCUGUCCUCGCCGUCACGGACCGCCGCUCCGCCCUCUUCCAGAUCCUCUUUGCUGUCUUCGACUCACUGGAGGGCUUCGUCAUCGUCAUGGUGCACUGCAUCCUCCGCAGAGAGGUCCAGGACGCCGUGAAGUGCCGCGUGGUGGACCGCCAGGAGGAGGGCCAUGGGGACUCGGGGGGCUCCUUCCAGAAUGGCCAUGCCCAGCUCAUGACUGACUUCGAAAAGGAUGUGGAUCUGGCCUGUAGAUCAGUGCUGAACAAGGACAUCGCGGCCUGCCGCACGGCCACCAUCACGGGCACGCUCAAGCGGCCGUCCCUGCCGGCGGAGGAGGAGAAGCUGAAGCUGGCCCACGUGCAGGCACCACCCUCCAAUUUCAACAGCCUCCCGGCCAACGUGUCCAAGCUGCACCUGCAUGGCUCACCCCGCUACCCUGGCGGCGGGGGGCCCCUGCCUGACUUCCCCAACCACUCGCUGACCCUCAAGAAGGACAAGGCGGCAAAGGCCUCCUUCAUCGGCGACGGGGACAUCUUCAAGAAGCUGGAUUCGGAGCUGAGCCGGGCCCAGGAAAAGGCUCUGGAUACCAGCUAUGUGAUCCUGCCCACGGCCACAGCCACGCUGCGUCCCAAGGCCAAGGAGGAGCCCAAGUACAGCAUCAACAUCGACCAGAUGCCCCAGACCCGGCUCAUCCACCUCAACAUGGCGCCCGACACCGGCUUCUCUGCCCGCAGCCCACCUGCCCGUGAGCCGCCCGAGGUGCCCCCCACCCAGCCCCCACCCUCGGCCCUUCUCCAGGCCACCCACCCUGCCCGGGGCCAGAACCCUGGUUUCCCCCAGCUAGAGAGGCCCUUGUGCAAGAGGGAGACCGAGGCUGUGGCGCCCAGCAAGCCUCGCCGCAGCAGCCGGCGGAAAUCGCGGUACGCAGAACUGGACUUUGAGAAAAUCAUGCACACUCGGAAGCGGCACCAAGACAUGUUCCAGGACCUGAACCGGAAGUUGCAGCACGCGGAGAAGGACAAGGAGGUGCUGGGCCCUGACAGCAAGCCGGAGAAGCAGCAGACCCCCAACAAGAGGCCCUGGGAGAGCCUUCGGAAGGCGCAUGGGACACCCGCCUGGGUGAAGAAGGAGCUGGAGCCGCUGCCGCCUUCGCCGCUGGAGCUGCGCAGCGUGGAGUGGGAGAAGACAGGCACUGCCAUCCCGCUGGUGGGCCAGGACGUCAUCGACCUGCAGACCGAGGUCUGA